AUGGCUGCCCUCGGGAUACCCAGCACCCGUGCAGCCUCCCUCGUGACCUCUGACCUCUAUGUCAGCAGAGAUCCACUCAACCGUGGACAGCGCAUUCCUGAGCGCUGCUCUGUCGUCCUGCGUCUCGCUCCUUCCUUCAUCAGGUUUGGAUCCUUUGAGAUCUUUCAGGGCCGAGAUGAAUUCUCAGGCCUGCAGGGUCCCAGUGCAGGGCGGCAUGACAUUCGCUCUCAGCUGCUGGAUUACGUCAUUGAGACUUUCUAUCCUUGCAUUCAGCAGGCUCAUAGCAACCGCAAAGACCGAAAUACAGCUUUUUUCAGAGAGGUGAUGAUACGAACUGCCAGGUUAGUGGCCAAGUGGCAGUGUGUUGGUUUUUGCCACGGCGUCCUUAACACAGACAACAUGAGCAUCUUGGGUCUGACUCUGGAUUACGGCCCCUUUGGUUUCAUGGACAGAUUUGAUCCAGAUUUUAUCUGCAACGCCUCAGACAAAAGAGGACGGUACUCAUACCAAGCCCAGCCGUCUGUGUGCCGCUGGAACCUGGCUCGCCUGGCUGAAGCGUUGGGCUCUGAGCUCAAUGUAGCUGAGGCCGGAGCUAUCCUGGAUGACUUCAUGCUCACAUAUGAAGCCUUCUACCUGAGUAUCAUGAGGAAGAAGCUGGGCCUUGUGAGAAAAGAGGAGGCAGAGGACAGCGAGCUCGUAUCGGACCUGCUGCGUGUCAUGCACAACACUGGUGCAGAUUUCACCAACACCUUCCACCUGCUGAGCUGUGUCCCCUGGCCUGAGGAGGGCGACAGUGAGAGGGCAACACUGGGCCCUGUAGUGGACCUCAUCCUGCAGCAAUGUUCCUCUAUUGAGGAGCUUAAGCAUUUUGGGGAAAAGGCUUACCAGGAGAAUAUUGAACUGGCGAUGAUUCUGUCCAUGGCACAAACCAACCCAGCCAUGUUUAGCAUGGUGUCAGACAGGCCAGGUGUGGCCCAGCAGCUGGAACGGAUGGGCCGGCUGAAGGAGCUGCUUGAGACAGAUCAAGAUGAGCUCAAGGAAAAGCAGCGUGAUGACUGGAUUCACUGGGUUAGCCGAUACAGGAAGCGUUUUGCCAAGGAGUGUGAUGGCACAAGUGACUUGUCUCUCAUCAAAAAGGAGAGGCUCAGUGUGAUGAACAGCCACAAUCCCCGGGUCGUCCUACGCAACUAUAUCGCCCAGAAUGCAAUUCAGGCUGCAGAAAAGGGAGACUUCUCUGAGGUCAACAGGGUCCUCAAAACUCUGGAGAAACCAUAUUCUAACACAUUUGGACUGGAGUCUUUGGAUGGACCCAGUGCAUGUGGGCAAAAGGAGCAGAAAGGGAGGGAUUUGACUGUUGGCUAUGACAGGAAACCUCCUGCCUGGGCACAAAGAAUUUGUAUCACCUGA